AUGUCUGAUCGCACUCACCUUACCUCUUUCCAAGCAAGACCUCCUUCGCCUUCCUCGCCAGCUGCCGAGUCUCAGAAAGAGAACCCUCGGCUGCCCAUCUUUUCGGACCACAUCCCUCAAACCCCGACAUCCCCUCCGUUGAUGUCGGUUAGCGAUCAAAGUCAUGCCUCCGACUUCACAUCCUCGCAUACAUCACCGAAUCAGGCAACGGCCCAACCGAAUAUCUCCUCGCCUCCAUCCUCUGCGCCGAUGUCUACCCAAGCCUCCCAGCAACCAGCAAUGAGCACAAACACUUCAUUCCCCACGCCUGCGAGCAGCCACAGACACACAAAUCACAAGCGACAGACUUCACAAACAAACGGCAGUGACGAUUUUGCCACCGAGAAGGGUCAGACCUCGACGGACCCCGACGCUAUGGAUGUGGAUGGUCCAACUCGGCGGACAGAUCCCGGUAUUCUCAGUUUGGAUUCUCUUCAGAAAGAGCUCACCUCGGCUUUUCAUCUUUGCAAGAGCUCUCCGAUCGUCACUGGUCCAGAUCCUUCGGUGGAUCUCGUCUCCCUCUAUGGGCUAGGCUCUGUCGCGCACUCGGUAGCACGCAUGGAUCCCGUGACUGGAGAAAAGAUCAACCGGCUCAGGAAGUCAUACGAGGGAAAGCUGAAAGGAUUGGGACUCGCCGGACGGAACAAAUCAAUCAAGCAGGAAAUUGGUCAACCUGGGAGCCUGCGGCACUUGACAUUGUGGCCCGAAGAAGAGUGGCAGAAUCAGAAGGUGCAUGGCAAGCCGAUUAAAGUUGCGGAUAUGGACUCCGCGCUUCAGGAACUCCAGGCUAAGGCGAUGCAAAUGGAACCUGGUCCAGUCCGCAACAACGAUUUCUGGGAAGAUGUUUUGGGACAUGAAAAGCCGGCCAAACACGCCGCCCCAGGCGAAACGGGCAAAAAGGUCACUCCGGCUGCAAGUGGCGGUCGUCUCUCUGGUCAAUCUUAUGCCGCACCGCAAACACAGGAAGCAGAGAGGCCUCGCGCCAGCAGAGGUCGCAAGAGACAUUACGAUGACAAUAGCUUUGCCGGUUACGGUGAAGGAUAUGUGGAUGAUGAGGACGACCCCGGAUUCUACUCGAACGGCGAGGGAUCCGGGAAGAAGAAACGCAAGAAGGUAUGCGUCCUGGAAUCCCUUGACUUUGAAUUCCCCAACUGA